UCAUCUGACGUCACCAGUGUGUUGACCUUUCACACCGACGGUUCGCCUAAGAGCACGCUUACACAGAUCGACAUGGCUGAUAUACCAGCGGGAGACCCCACCAAGGGAAAGAAGAUCUUUGUUCAGAAAUGUGCCCAGUGUCAUGUGGUGGAAGCUGGUGCAAAACACAAGACCGGACCUAACCUUAACGGACUGUUUGGAAGAAAAACAGGACAGGCAGUGGGCUUUAAUUACACAGCAGCCAAUGUUAACAAAGGGAUUACCUGGAGCCGUGAAACAUUAUUUCAGUACUUGGAAAACCCCAAGAAGUAUAUACCUGGAACGAAGAUGAUUUUUGCCGGACUCAAGAAAAAGACAGAGCGGGCCGAUCUGAUUGCCUACCUAGAGGAGAACACCAAAUAAUGAACUCUAUCUUUAGGCAACAAACAACUCUUUUUUUAAAGUUUUAACAUCUUAAAAACAAUGGCAAGAGAACAGUGAUUUAGUGUGAAUUAACCCCUGCAGUAUUUUGCAUAUUUUAAUUCUAAAAAAGGACUGUGUGUUUUGUAUUUAUUUGAAUGUCUAUUCUCAAAACUUUAAAAGGUCUUAACUUGUCAAUUUACAUCUUCAACCACUGGAUGGUUUUGGUAAAUAGUAGUGAAAUAAGGGGAUUUGUGAAUGUUUAUCAUUUUUUUUCUCCAUAUAAAACUAUUUGACAUGUACAGAUCAUUUUUGUGUUUAUCUAAUAAACGGUUUUUAAUUAAUAAAAGUAAUAAAUAUA